AACGAAGUGAUAUCUGUGCGAAAAUGCAGAGUAGACUGACUUAGAUCCUCCUUGCCGCUCAUCCCCGCCAUGUCGCUGCCACAGUGUAAACAACCCUAGGCAGCCCCUCUCGCUACGUUACGCCCGUUUUGUGGCACCCUGCACGCCCAGGAAUGAUGAACUGGUGCCUUUGCUAGUUGCUACUCAGUUCUCUUGAUCUUUAUACAACUGGACAUCAUGGAGUCUUUUAUGAGAAUGGAGCAUGACCCUGAUGGGAAUUCCCAGCAGGUGGCUGUCAUCAUGACAGGCCAGGUGUACAGGGAGGCUGGCUUGAAGCACAGUGAGCAUCCCAAAGUGGAAGGGAUGCUUUAUGAUAAACUAUGUCAAAUUGGAAAGCACAAGCUCAGGGAUGAUGUUCGUAAGAUGGCCUUGAACAUUGCAUUGAUGGUCUCUGACAAGGAAUUCAAGCCAACAGUUGCAUGGCUUGAUAAUUUCAUGCGACGGUUCUGCUUGUCAAGAAAAAAAAUGGGAUUUCAUAGCUCAGCAAUGUUGAAAAGAAAAGAUAAUGUUCAGCCUCAGACUCAGACUCCAGCCAGUGGAAGUGGCUUGACGCAAGAAGAUGUUUUUAGUGUUUUGGGGAUAAACAUGGAUGGGAAUGGACUCCCUGAAGAGGAUGGCAAAGUGGCAGCCAGUGAGAAGAUCUUAGAAGAUGUAAUUGCUGAGACAGAGAAUGGAGUCAAUGGAAACCAAGGCAUAGAAACUGAUAGCCAGACAAGUCUUUUGGAUACAGUUGAUAAAAAUUGCUCCAUAGAAGACCUCUUUGCAUCAGAUUCAGAAAAUGUAGAGAGCAAAACCACAUCACUAGACCAGAAUGUUACUCCUAAUCCAAAGAAGGAGCAAGUUGUAUGUGAGGAAAUAGAACAACUUAAUAAGUUAGAAAACCUUACAAGUCAGAUGGUCCAAAGUCAAGAUUCGGAUGAUGAUAUUAUAAUAGAAAAAAGUGUAUUGAAAACAGAUACACUUCCAAAAGAAUCCAAGAUGGAUAUAGAAAAAGAAACCAUUAAAAGGGAACAGGAUUCUUCAAAUGAUGAAGAAAACAAUGAUGAUUAUUCAUCAAAAGGAAGUGAUAGUGUGUGCGCAAUUACCAGUGAUUGUGACACAUCUCAAUGCAGGAUGAAAACCUCUCCUUUUGUGGUGGAAUUUAUAGAUAAAGACAACACAAGAGAUAAAAAAUCAGCAAAAGGAAAAGGCAAGAACAGUGGUUCAUCAGAUGGUGACUCUCAGCAGGAAGACCAGGCUGAUGCUGGAGGGAAGAAGUCCAGGCAAGUGGAGGAUGAGAUGACAAUCAGAUACACCAAAGAGGAGGAUGAAUAUUACCGAAAGAACAUAAGUGAUCUUCAAAAGAAGCUUCGUGAUGCAGUGAUGAGAUGCACUGCCUGCAAUGAACAAAUCAAUCAUCAGAUUCGAUCCUUGGUCUAUACCCACCCUGUACUAGGAGUUCUUUCAUGCAAGAGAUGUAGGAAAUAUUAUGGGAAAGGUAGAUUUUGCAAAGAUGAAGAAGGUUAUGAUGAGUACUGCAGAUUGUGUGCAGAAGGAGGUGAUUUACUGUGCUGUGAGCAGGAGGGUUGUUUCAAUGGAUUUUGUAAGCGCUGUAUAAAGCGAACCAUGGGUCGAUCUGAGCUGAAGAAUGCAGAAACAGCAGAGAACUGGGCGUGCUACGUUUGUGACAAGACUUCAAUGACAGAGCUCCGAGCAUUGCACAGAGCUAUUCUGAGUAACUUAGAGGAAUCAGAAGUGCAAGACGACAAUCUGUCAAGGAAAGAAUUGAAUAAAAAGAACUUACUUUCAAAGUUUGAGCUUCUGAAAAAGAAUAGGAAGGAAAGAGCCAUAAAGAAUUCACCCAAGAAAGUUGAAAAGAAAACGGAAAAGGACAAAUCUGUUGACAGCAGAGGAAAGCAAGGCCAAACCUGGCUAAACGAGAGCAUUGAAACUAUGGUUGAUAUGCUUUCAUUAUGUUUAAAGAAUGUUGAAAAAAUAAACAGCACUUGGAAGAGUUCCCAAUACUCAGCAGAGGGAACUGAAAAGGCAGGUAAAAGAAUUUUAAAGCAACUCACAGGGAUGAUUACCAAUUUUGAAAUCCUUGAAAAAAAUGUUUCAGCUGAGGUACAAAAACUGGUUUCAGAAGAAAAGGUAGAAGAUUCCAUAGUUGAGAACAAAAGCAAAAAGAGCAAAAAGGAAGUUGAGGAAAGUACCACAUCUUCACCCAAAAAGAAAAGCAGCUUGAAAGAAACCAACAUGGAAACUGAAGAACAGGUCACGCCCAAAAGAAAGAGGAAUAAGUCAAAGAUUGAUGAUGAAGAUGUCGAGGCAGAUGCAGAGGAAGGAAGUAGAACCAGAAGUAAAAAGACUGCAAGCCAAGAUUCUUCCAAGGCAUCAAGCAAAGAGGAAAUGGAGGUAGAUGAUGCAAGCCAGGAUUCAAGCAAGGCCAAUUUUAGAUCAGAAGAUGAAUGUUCAGCUAAUAUAGAUGACCCUAUGGAACAGGAUGAAGUGAUGAAUAAUAUCAGUGAUGCUGCAGUGGAGGAAAGUGGCGGCAAAGGUGUCUUAGAAACUGACGAUGAAGCCAAGAUGGAAAAUCCCAAGACAAAAUCAGGAUCUGAUGGUGAAGGUGAAGAGGCAGAGAAAGAUUCAAGUAUUCUUACCACUACUACAUUGGAAUAUGUUGGAAAUGAAAAUACAGAAAAAUCUAAAAGAAGUGCAAAGGCAAGUUUGUCAAAGAAGAAGGAUGGUGAAGAAAGUGCUGAUAGCUCAGAAGAACAAAAGACCCCUCUUUCAAAUGCAAGGAAGACCAGGAGAAGCAAAAGUACAGAGGAACUAGAUGAGGUGAACAUAAAGAAGGAACUUGACUCAGACAUUGAAAAAGAAGUGAAAAGUAAAAGAGGAAGGAAGGCCAAAGAUCAGAAAAAGGAAGAGAGAGAUUCGUCAGAUGAGAAAGGCUCUUUCAAAAAGGAGGAAUCUGUAGAAGAAGAAAAGAAAGUAAUUAAGAAAGAGAAGGAGGAGGAAGACAGUGAGGAUUCUGAUGAGGAGGCAGAUAACAAAGAAAGUAAAUCAAAGGGAAGAAAACAAAAAGUUCAGAAGGAGGAGAAGCAGAAAAAAGAAAAAAAGAAAUUGAUUAGUGAUGAGGAAGAGGAAAAUGGCUCUGAGAAAGUAUCAAAAGGUAAGAAACCGAAAAGAGGAAGAAAACCCAAGGAGGAGGAGAGUGACGAGGAAACUAAAAAGAAGAGUAAAGCAAAGGCAAGAGGAAACAGAGAGUCAGAAGACGGAGAUUCAAAGGAAAAGAAGAAAACUCAACGCAGAAGAACAAAGAAGAGACGGCAGGAAGACGAUGAGGAUGACAUGUUGGGAAUUGGAGAUAUGUCAUCCAAUGAGGAAUCAUCAGAAGAGGAAGACACUGAUACAGAGAUGAGGAGGCGGAGAGAAGAGUAUGAAGAUCAUAGUGUGAAGAAAAAGAAGAAAAAGAUGAUGAAGAAGGAUACUAAGAAGGAGAAGGGCUCUGGAGAAGGAACAGACAGUAAUGAUGAGAAGAAACCCAGGAAAAGUCCAAUGAAAAGCAAAGGAAAGAAGAAACAGGAAGAGGUGAAUGGAAAGGAAAGUUCAGAUGAAGAGGAAGCAAAUGAUAAAGAAACAGCUGAAAGUAAGAAAGGUGGAAACAGUCCUAAGAAGUCUGAUGAACAUGAAAAGAAGAAGAAGAAGAAGGAGAACAAUGAGGCUUUCUCAGAAUUGUUAGCAAGUGAAUCUGAAAAUGAUAAAGACAACUCUGGUGAUGAGAAGGAAACCGGAGCAAAUGAUGAACCCAUGGAAUGCAGUCAAGGAGAAAGUUCAGAAGGGGGUACUCCAGAAAAAAAGAAACGGCAGGCAGGUAAGAGCAAGGGUGAAAUUGGUGGUGAGAAUGGGAGCACCAAGAAAGGAGAAAAACAGAAAAAUGUGAAAAGAAGCAGUACACCUAAUAAGGAUGACAACCAGAUGGCCAUGGCUUCUCUCCUGGAAAGUGAGAGUGAUUAUGAACUAGAGGACAAACCCAAGCCCAAGUGUAAGAAAAAGAACUUCCUCAAGAAAUAUGCUGAGAAGAUGGAGAAAGUGAAGCACCUAACAGAAGAAGAAAAGGAAGAACUAAAGGAGAAGCAGCUGGAGAGCAAGUGCCAGACCAAAGUGCAGAAGAUCAGCACAGAAGUCAAGAGCAAAUUGGAGAAAGAUGAAUUCAUUGACGUCAAAGAAUUCCCCGAGUUCAGGCGAAAGAAGGAGGCAGAGCGCCAGAAACAAGCAAAGCAUUAUGAUGGUGAAGCUGAUGAAGAAGAUUCAGAUGAGGAAUUUGAAAAGCUCAUGAAAUUUGAUGUUAAUAAAAAGUUCAACAAACCUGGACCCAAAAGCAAGAAGAAGUACCAAGAAUCAGAGCCAGAAGAAGAAGGAGAAGCAGAUGUGAAAGUAAAGUCUGAGAGUGACAAGGAAGAAAAAGAUGACAAAAGCAAGGUGAAGAAGGAAGGGGUAACCAGGAAGAAAAAAGAGGGCUUACUUGACAUCAGCAUUGACAAAGAGGAAGAGGAAGAUGAGGAAGAAGAGGAGGAGCCAGAGGAAGGGAAGAAAAAGAAGGGGAAGGAUGGUGGGAUAAGCCUCAACGAGAAGAUGAAGAAGCAGAUCCUCAUGAGUAGUGACGAGGAUGCAGAAGAGGAGGAGGAGGAGGAGGAAGAAGAAAAGGAAGAUGCAGAAGAGGAUGAAAAGAGAAGAAAGAAAUAUGAAGAGAAAAAGAAGAAGAAGAAAGCAGAAGAAAAAGAGGAGGAGGAGGAAGAGGCUAAAGAAGAAGAAAACAAAGAAGAGGAGGAGGAAUCAAGCAAGAAGGUUUACAAGAAGGGUUACAUGAACUUAAACAUCUCCUCUGAUGAUGGAGAAGUUGGCGAACAAGACGAUGAACACGUACCAGACAGUGAGGAAGAGGAGGAGGAGGAGGAGGAAGAGGAAGAUGAGGAGGACGAUAGCGACUUCGAAGAAUCGCCAAGGAAGAGAAGAACAUUCCAGAUAUCCUCAUCAGAAAGUGAUGAUGACAAGAAGAAGAAGAGAAAGAAGAAGGUAACUUCAUCAGAAAAUGAAAGUGAGGAACUUGAAGAAGCACCGAAACCAAAGAGAAAAAGGAUAAGAAAAAUGUCAUCAUCAUCUGAUGAGGGAGAUGGUGAUGAUGGAAAUAAGGAGGAUUCGCCUAGUAAACAUCGCAAAAUCCGCCGUGUAAUAAGGGAUGAGGACUUAAUGGAGACCACUAAAAAUGCCACACAAGAGGAAGAGGAGCGAAGAAAGCGUAUUACAGAAAGGCAGAAACAGUACAAUCAAAUAUUUGAGAUCGAUGUUGAAUCAGAUCAAAAGGACCUAGGGAAAUUGGUUCUUGAUUUUGACCCUGACACCAAGAAAGAACUUGUUUCUGUAGAUGAAAAGUUGGUCAAGUUCUUAAAACCUCAUCAGUUCAAAGGUAUUAAAUUUAUGUGGGAUGCAACCUGUGAGAGCAUAGAAAUGCUAAGUAGUAAACGAGGCAGUGGCUGUAUCCUUGCACAUUGCAUGGGUCUGGGAAAGACUUUGCAGGUGAUCACAUUCACACACACGUUGUUGUCCAGCAAGAAGGUUAACCGUCACAUACAGCGAGUAAUGGUCUGCUGCCCUGUGAACACAGUCUACAAUUGGGUUAAUGAGUACAAAAACUGGCUCAGAGGAAAACUGUUGCACUUCGAAGUAUCGGAACUUGUAUCAGCAAAGGAUCUGUGGAGUCGUGCUUACAGACUGGAUGACUGGUGGAAGGAAGGUGGAGUGUGUAUCAUGGGUUAUGACAUGUUCCGAAACCUUUCCAACAGCAAAAGCAAGAGGUAUAAGGGCAAGAUGAAAGAAAUCUUCCACAAGACUUUAGUAGAUCCAGGACCUGACUUAAUAGUGUGUGAUGAAGGCCACAUAUUGAAGAAUGAAAAGACAGCUUUGUCAGUCGCAAUCAAUAAAAUUAGAACUCAUCGGCGUAUUAUUUUAACGGGAACACCUCUCCAGAACAACCUUAAAGAAUACCAUUGCAUGAUACAGUUUGUCAAGCCAAACCUGUUAGGAACUAAAAAGGAAUUCAUGAAUAGGUUUGUAAAUCCUAUUGAACAAGGGCAGUGUGCUGAUGCCAUGCCCAGAGAUGUAAGGAGGAUGAAGAGAAGAGCUCACAUUCUACAUAACAUGUUGGAGGGAUGUGUACAGCGGUUUGACUACACAGUGCUUAAACCUUUCCUGCCUCCAAAGUUUGAGUAUGUUAUAUCAAUACAACUGUCAGACUUACAACAGAAACUCUAUCAGUAUUACUUGGACAAUCUUGCCCAAGGUGGACCCAAGAGACAAGGAUCAGGGCUCUUUGUGGACUUUGGUGCUCUGUCAAGAGUUUGGACUCAUCCUAAAGUCCUUGAGUUGGCUGUGAGAAGAGCAAUUUUCCAAGAUGAUGAUGAUGAGUUGGCUGACUUCAUCUGUGAUGAUACAACUGAAGAAGAAUCCUCUGAAGAUGAAAGGGCAAAAAAGAAAAAGAAGAAGAAGAAGAAAAAGAAUGAGGAAGAUGAAGAGUCUGUUGAAGAGGAAGAGGUUAACAAAGAUGAGAUUGAGAAACCUGGCCCCAUCCCAGGCUUGACAGAGAGUGGGAAGGUCCGUGUAGACUGGUGGAAGAAAUUAGUUGAAGAAUAUAAUGAGGAAUCUAAGGAUGAAGACUAUCUGGAUUCCUUAGAACAUGGCGGGAAGUUGAUCCUUCUCCUAGAUAUUUUGCGUGAAUGCUGUUCCAUUGGUGACAAAGUGCUUGUGUUUAGCCAGUCCCUGUUGGCCUUAGACAUGAUGGAGGACUUCUUAGAAUUGAUUGACAGAGGAGAGUUGGAGAUGCCCUCAACAGAAGAUCCCCUACCUUUACCCUUCAAGCAGUGGAAGAGGGACAGGGAUUACCUUCGUCUAGAUGGCUCAACAAGUCCUGAUGCCAGGAAGAACCUCUGUAAAACAUUUAAUAGUUCAUCAAAUGAAAGGUGUCGUUUGUUCCUCAUUUCAACUCGUGCAGGAGGCCUGGGCAUUAACCUGGUAGCUGCAAACAGAGUUGUAAUAUUCGACUCUUCUUGGAAUCCUUCACAUGACACUCAAUCCAUCUUCAGAGUGUAUCGUUUUGGACAGAAAAAGCCAUGCUACAUCUAUCGCUUCGUCGCACAGGGAACAAUGGAAGAGAAAAUCUACUCUCGUCAAGUAACAAAAAUGUCAACAGCAUUGAGAGUGGUAGAUGAACACCAGAUCAAAAGGUACUUCAAAAUGGAAGAACUAGCACAGCUGUAUGAGUUUACUCCAGCAGAUAAGAAUGUCAGAGAAACCCCAAUUGUGCCAGAGGAUCGAUUGUUGGCGGAGUUACUAAAGCGGCAGAAAGAUUGGAUUGUCAAUUACCACGAGCAUGAUUCCCUCCUUGAAAACCAAACGAGUGAAGAGCUGACUGAAGAGGAACGCAAGGCGGCUUGGGAGGAUUAUGAAAAUGAAAAGAAGGGAUUUAUGUAUUAUCAGCAACAACGGAACAGUGUUAUGCCUGUGGUUGGUCCUGCCACCAUGGUUGCAUCAUCAGCUGCUCCAUCAUUGUCACUUUCAUCCUUCAGUUUCGAAGGGGUGGUUAAUACAAUCAAGGCACAGAAUCCUAACCUAACUCAAAAUGAGUUGUGCGAGAGUGUUGUACUGGCUACAAAACAGAUCCAAAAGAUUCAUCUUACACAUUAUCAGAGAGUCCAAGGAAUGGUGUAUAAUCUCAAGAAUCCAAUGAUAGCUCCAGAGCAGCGAAAGUUACUACCAUUUGGAAAUCAUCCUGAGAUGUUGCCCAUGCUGGAACAACAAUUACGCAUGCUAGAGGAGAACAUUCAACGUGAAAACCAAGUAAUCAAUCACAUGGGACAGAUCACUUCACAGAGAGUGAGUUCUACUAAUAUGGCUAAUAUGAUGUCAGCUGGACUGAUACGUGGUCAACCUGUUAGCUCAGGCAUAAAUUCAGCUACUGCUAAUUAUGUUACAAGACCUACUGCAACUCCUUCCACAUCAAUGAUGAUGCAGCAGCAACAACAAAUUCAGCAGCAACAACAACUGCAACAACAAACACAAAAUCAACCCGAAAAGAAUCCUACAUCAAAUGAUGUGAUCAUGCUUGACUGAGGUGCAUUACUGUAGAGCCCACACAAUCAUGGAAUUCCUGAGAAUGUACAAUGGACAAAUCUUGUAUAACAAAGGAAUCUCAUAGAAUGCACAGCUA